UCCUGCGCACACCAGGCACAGACGAGGGCCGCUUCGGCAGAGCGAUGACUGAUGAUGACAGCGACAGCGUCCAGACCGACCCCGCGAUCGGGGAGGAGAGCGAGCUGCCUAUUAUCCAGCUGUGCGGGCUGGUGGAGGAGCUCAGCUAUGGAAACUCUGCUCUCAAAAUUGAGACAGAGAUGUUUGAGAAAUAUUACACUAAACUGGAGCCCAGGGAUCACCGACCUCCACGCUUAUCAGACGUUAAAAUGUCAGCGGCAGAAUAUGCACAGUUGCGGGCCAGGCGUAAAUCCAAAGCCCGCUCAGGUUUGGAACGUUCGCUAGGCCUCACCAUCGACCAGAAACUUGAGCUUAUACAAAAGGAGCUGGAAGACACAAAGGAUGAGAUAAGACACAUGAGGGCAAACGCUGAGCGGGACCUGCAGCACCACGAGGCUAUCAUCGAGGAAGCUGAAAUUCGAUGGACUGAAGUUCGGAGGGAAAUCCAUGAGUUUGAAAAAGACGUUCUAAAAACCAUAUCCAAGAAGAGAGGGAGUAUUUUGGCCACUCAGAAAGUGAUGAAGUACAUUGAGGACAUGAACCGCCGGAGGGAUCAUAUGAAGGAUAAAUUGCGUUUGAAAAAUGUUUCUCUCAAAGUUCAGAGAAAAAAAAUGCUUUUGCAAUUGAGGCAGAAAGAAGAGGUGGGCGAGGCCCUCCACGAAGUUGAUUUUCAGCAGCUAAAGAUUGAGAAUGCUCAAUUUUUAGAGACAAUUGAAGGAAGGAAUCAAGAACUGAUCCAGCUAAAGCUGGUGUCUGGGAACACCCUGCAGGUCCUCAACACUUACAAAAGCAAGCUCCAACGAGCAUUGGAAAUGAAUGUCAAUCUGGACAAGGAGAUCUUGAUGAGAAAUGAGCUACUUGAAAAGAUUGAAAGAGAAACCCUACAAGUGGAGGAGGACCGGGCCAAAGCAGAGGCUGUGAACAAGAAGUUUCGCAAGCAGCUGGCUGAGUUCCGAGCGCCGCACGUGAUGCAGUACCUCAAGGAGAAGCUCUUAAACGGGGACCUGGAGAAGAGCAUCAAGAUGUGGGAAAGGAAGGUGGAGAUUGCAGAGAUGUCCUUAAAAGGCUACCGCAAGACUUGGAAUAAAAUGAAAACAACUAAUGAGCAGUUCCAGGCAAUCUGCCCCCCUGGUAAAUAGCCAGAGGCA